AUGACUGCACAUGUCCCAGUAGCCCCGGGAUACCUCCAGAUGCUGAAGCAAGGAGCCAGGUACUACAGCGGCUUGGAAGAGAUGGUCCACAGAAACAUCGAAGCCUGCAAACAGCUGAGCCUCUGCCUGCGUACCUCCUACUGCCCCAAAGGGCUCAACAAGCUUGUCAUCAACCACCUAGAGAAGAUCUUUGUGACUGGAGAUGCCGCCCGUAUUCUCAGAGAGCUAGUGGUGGAGCACCCAGCAGGUAAGACGCUUGUGAUGGUGACCCAGGCUCAAGAGCAGGAGAUUGGCAACAGGACCAACUUUGUUCUUAUUUUGGCCGGCUCGUUGCUUGAGAACGCAGAGGAGCUUUUGAAGCUUCGGCUUUCUGUUUCCGAAAUCACUGAAGGCUACAAGGUGGCAUCUAAUAAGGCUUUGGAUCUCCUGGAAGACCUGAGCUGCUUGUCCUUAAAGGACAUCCGAGAUGUGACAGAGGUUGCAGCAGCCACCAGACCAUCCCUCGCCAGCAAGCAGUACGGGUAUGAAGACUUCCUAGCCACGCUAGUAGCCAAGAGCUGUGUGUCCGCCAUACCCAAGUCUGGGGAGUUUAGCGCAGAGAGCGUAAGAAUUUGCAAAAUCGUAGGGGCGAGCGUGGAAGAUUCAAUAAUGCUUAAAGGCAUGGUCUUUAAAAGAGAAACAGAAGGGACUAUCAACUCUGUACAGGAUGCCAAGGUACAGUGCUUCCCAAGAGCGCUGGGGAAUUCAUGGAUUUCAGAGGAGGCCUUGAUGGAAAACCACGUCAGAGACGUUGCAGAAGCAGGAGUCAACGUAGCGGUGGUUGAAGCCAAGAUAAGAGACCUUGCACUCCACUACGCAGACAAGUACAAGCUAAUGGUGGUCAAAAUGACUGUGCAAAGCUCUAGGCGUGACCCCCUUGCUGAGUCUCAUCCCCCCUGGGGACUAUCCCUCUCAGGGAACAGCCUCCCGUCCAGAGAAACGAGUCGUUUUACCACCUCACAGCCCCCUCCCCCACAAAACCCAGUAGGGGGCCCUCUCAGGGAAGGCGGUUCUCCCGUCAGAGAGAACGAGUCGUUUACCACCUACAGGUGA